UGCGUGACGCAUUUUUUUUUAAUCAGUGAUAACCAAUUCAGUAGCACGUAUCGCCUACAACAUGUACUAUUGCUAUCGUUUCCAAUAACCCCGUCAACAUACUAAAUUACAAUGAAAUUCAAGUUCGUUUUUACGAUAUUAAUCCUGAAACGGCGAUGCUGAACACGCCAUUGAUUUAAACCAGCUCUAGGUUUUGUUAGAACGAAAACGGGGGAGGGCGACUAUAUCCAUUCGCAUUCGAGAGCUAUUUGGAUGUCUAGAAAUCGAAGUGUGUAGCAGAAACGUAAUAGUGCCUUUGUGACUCAAGUGACCGAACGAAUCUCGUUUUCAUUCAUCGCCGGCGGGGGGACAUUCCCGAAAGACGUGCUGGUGAGGAGUUAAAAACAUUGUUAAGUGUGCAUGGCUUCGUACAAAAGGCGUUACCGAGCUCGGUAUUUAGGGGGUUUGCGUUCUCCAACCCGCUAACGAAACGCGUGACAUCAAUUGGUUCAUGUGGAAAGAAUUAUGUAUUAAAACUCACUCUCCUUUUUGAUCGACCGUCCUCUGUUUCCUGUCGUGCGAAUCGUAGCGCCGUAACGAGACAGGUGAAAUCUUGAUGAAGCACACAGUGGAGUUCAGUUUCAUUGUGAUGGAUGAUUGUGGAAUCAUUGUGAACCUUAUUCUCAUCCUGUUGUAAUGAGGGCUGACUCAAAGGCUGCUGAAGACAACUCGAGCGUCCGGGACCGCUAUAGUCUUUUUCGGUAACUCUUCCAUUUUUGUGAAUAUUCUCGACAUGAAGCCCAAACAACUAAAUUUUGAAGAUGUUUGGUGUGAACUGAGCACAACCGUCCAUGAUAUCAUGAUAGGAACGGUGUCCCGCGAGUCAUGGUACGAGGGUUAUUGGCAUGUAUACCAUCUCUGCGUCGCGACGCCUGAAUCGCUUGCCGAUAAGCUCUACGCGGCGAUGGACCAGUUCUUCCUUGAGCACGUUACAAAACUCCACAGAGCAGUCCAAGAGGACGCCAAACAGAUGGGUAUGCUUAAGGCAUACUUCUCACAUUGGGGCAAGUACGUGCAAGGUGUUCGUUACCUGGACCGCUUGUUCCAUUACCUGAACCAUGAAUGGGUGAAAAAGAAGCGUGUAUCGGAUGCUGAUAUUGCCUAUGGAGCAUUCGAAGCUGAUGAGCUAGUCCUUGAGAUCGGUGAACUCGGUCUCGAUAUCUGGAUGAAACAAAUGCUUCAACCGCUGCAGACUAAUCUGGUAGAGCUCAUCCUCGAUGUGGUACAAAUGGAUAGAAUGCCCAACAUGAGUAACCCUGAUGCAGAUUAUGUAAAAGGUGUCGUCGAUUCAUUUGUAGACGUCGAAAGUUUCCGAAAGAAGAAGAGCGCGCUCGAAUUCUAUCGGGAAUUUGAAAAAAGCUACCUAGAAACCACGAAUAAGUACUAUACGCAGGUGUCUCACGGUCUCAUCGGAAACAUCGACUGUUCCUCAUUUAUGGAAAAGGUGCUUCAAUAUGUACGGCAAGAGGAACUGCGUUCGAGAAAAUUCCUAGAUUCAUCAUCAUUUAGCAACGUAAUUAAGGAAUGUGAACGAGUGAUGGUCGGCGACCAUCUUGAUUUCAUCUACCAUGAGGCGCGGACAAUGGUUGCUGAGUUGAACUGCAAGGACCUGUCGAACAUGUACAUUUUGCUCAAACCUCUCGACAACAACUGCAUGCAACCGCUUAUCAAAGAGGUACAGAAUCGUAUCGAGAAAGUGGGUGAACAGUUACUGCAAGAUAUCGACCCUGACAACGUAGCGCAGUCCUUUGUCGAUUCAGUUCUAAGGGUACACGACGAUUACCGGGAUCUAAUUACAAAGGUUUUCAACUCAGACCAACAGUUCAUAGCUGCCCUCGAUCGAGCGUGUAUCUCCAUUAUCAACUCUUCUCAUCCAAAAGUCAUCUAUAAAGCUCCUGAAUUACUAGCGCGGUAUUGUGACCAGGUUUUAAAGAAGGGCCCGAAAGCACUUAACGACCAGGAUGAGCUGGAGAAACGGCUUGGAAAGUCGAUCAUCGUUUUCAAAUAUCUCGACGAAAAAGACCACUUUCAGAAGAGUUACUCGAAGUUGCUCGCUAAACGACUAAUCCAUGGAGUAAGCGCAUCAAUGGACUCCGAAGAACUAAUGAUUAAUAUGCUGAAACAGGCGUGUGGAUUUGAGUACACAUCAAAGCUUCAUAGAAUGUAUACCGAUAUGUCUUUAAGUACUGACCUGAAUGUCAAGUUCAAUGAGUACCUGUCGGAGAACCCCACUCUUGUGGGAACUGGUCUUGGCUUAGCUUUCUCUAUAUCAGUGUUACAGGCCUGCGCAUGGCCUAUGGCCACCCAGCCUGUAUCGACUUUCGCGCCACCACAACAGUUAGAAAGAAGUAUUACGUUAUUCGAGGCGUUCUAUAAGGAUAAAUUCAAUGGACGUAAAUUAACGUGGCUACACAACCUUUCGAAUGCAGACGUGAGAUUAAAUUAUUCUGAAGGCGGCAAGAUCUACACAAUGACAUGCUCGACUUUCACCAUGGCGGUGGUACUCAUGUUUGAACACGAAAACACCAUGAGCUAUGAUGCCUUGAAGAUCAGCACCCAGCUACAGGAUGAUUACCUUGCUCGAGCUCUUCAAGCGCUUGUUGAAGCAAAGCUUCUUCUGUUCGAGGGCAGCGGUUCCGGGGAUCAAUUAUCUGGCACGGAAGGUAGUAGCAGUUCGCGUGGUACACCGAGCCCUAGUCCUGUGUCGUUUGGCCCCAAUACAAUGUUUAGCCUCAACUUUCAGUUUAGUCAUAGGCGUACGAAGUUCAAAAUAAUGUCGGCUCCUGUCAAAGAGCAGGUAACUGGUCAAGAGCAGGAACAAACUGCUGCGUCGCUAGAAGAAGAUAGAAAAGUGUAUUUGCAGGCCCUUAUCGUGAGGAUCAUGAAGGUCCGAAAGAUGGCUAAACACUCGGAACUUAUCGAACAAGUCAUCACGCAGGCUACGGAAAGGUUUCGUCCGAAUGUCGCAAUGAUCAAGAAAUGCAUUGAAGGCCUAAUCGAUAAACAAUAUAUCGAACGAAUGCCCAACUCGACCGACGAAUAUAGUUACGUCUCAUAACAUAGACCACUUGUCAGGUGGACAGAUUGUAUUAUGGUGUUGCAGCUGGCAGGUAGCAGCCCUUGUGACGAUCAUCCCCAACAUCUCUGCGUACCUGCAUCACAUAAAACUCCACCCGCAGUCUCUGCCUUCCCAAAACAAUGAGACUAAAAAAGGAACUUAUUAAAUGGCGGCAACACAUCAAUGAUAAUGAUUCUGUCGGUCACUCUUUGUGUUGUCAAGUGAUGCUAAGAUACUAGAUUGACCAUUGACAGGAUGCAUGGUACAGCAUAACAUAUGGAUGCCCCUAAAGCCGAUAUAUCUGACCAUUAAUUUUCGAUUACGUAUAUUGUCUCCAGAACCCGUUAGAGACGAUUAAAGUCAAAGAACAUGUCUUCGAGAGCAUGUUAUACAAUUCUGUAGUUAACUGAAUCAUGGUAGACUAACCUUGGUGCAGAACCUAUGCUGCUAAAAUCUGUGCCAGCUAACCCGUUGUUUACCUUCUGCUAUUUUUUGGUGCGACUUGAGCAUAGACAAACAGUUCUGCAAAAGGGCAACGCAACGUGGAAUCGCGGCAUGUAUGUGUAUAAGCUAGUAUAUACUAAAGCAAGUGUUAGUAAGAAAUAACUGUAGAAGGUUACAAUGAUGAUGUGAGAGACAUGGACAGAAUAGCGUCACAUGGUGUGAAUAGAGCAAAUGUUUAUAGUAUCAGUGAACAGUCUAAUGAAAUCGUGACAAGGAGAACGUAUGUUUUCAAAUUUGUAGACCCGGAUGGUCAUAGUAAACUCGACGCUUUUUGCACAUAGUGUCGUCAACUCUAUGAAUUUUAUUGUUUUCUUACGCAUCGCACACUUGUUUUUCAGGUUUGUAAAAUUAAUCAAAGACUUCUCAAGCCUAGUACUUUACGCAUUUGAGAAAGACAAUUUAAGAUAUUAAUUAAUCAAAAUAAUGCAUUACAUGCUGCUCAUUGAUAUUGAAGUGUAUCGAUUAGACGCCCUCUCAGUAAUUUUUGGAAAGAAGCCAAUUUUUGCGAGAAUUUUUCCUCCUAGUUUUUCUCUUCCUAUAACGAAAGCAACAAAACUAAGCCUUAUAGUUGCUGCUAAAGAAUAAUACUGCAACAAAAUUGUACAGAACAAAAGGUUAAAAUCAGAAACGUUCUAAAAGUGGCUAGUUACGGAUAUUGUGCGUUAUGAAGCUCGAUUUUUAUCUGUGUAUAUGUGUGUGUGUGUGUCUGUGUGUGUGUGCGGAUCUUUUUAACCGAGCGAGAAAAGACAGUUAGCCUAUUGCUGUUACCGAACACGUAGCAAGAAAUGUGCUCAAAUAUAAAAGGACUAACUGAUAGGUUAGCGAUGCCUAAGUAAAAAGCUAAAGCAUGAACUUAUUUGCGCUUACUGUUGCUGUUGUUCUUUGAGAACAAAGUUGUUUUGUCAUAGCCAAUGAAUCCUUAUGUAGAGAUAAAAAAAAAAAAGCAUAUGUUUUAUUCUGUUUAUUACUUCUCAUUUUCUUUUGUUGAUUCGUUGAAUUGAUUUACCGAAAAAUGCGUGUUUGUAAAGGAACAAUAAAUAAGCAGAACGGCGUAUACAAGAUUUUAGUUUCUCUACACGCUAAAUAUGUACAAAUUAGACAUUUUUCGUACGCUUCCUGUAAAUAAUAAAUAAUUAUAAAUAACAUCAUUAAUAAUAAGCUUAGCAAUACUUAAUUGUCGUGAACUGAUCGACUUUGCUUUAUCAGAUUUGGCUUAGUGCGUAGUUGUCCUGACAUUUUUCUCUACGAAGCGUAAAUGUUCAGUUGUCCAAUUUACACCAACAUGGUCUCCCUUGAGAUACAUCUCUUGUCCAUGAGGUUGCCUCGCUACCUAAACAGCAAAUACGUAAACCCUACUUUCAGUUUCACUUAUCCUUGAAAAAGUUUCUUAGAGUUUCCAAUUAUUUUUUGUAGUCUUUUGCAAGGUGAAUUUUUAUCGUUUACAUUAGUUUGUUUUCUAGUUUUUUAUAACAAUGCUACACUUACGUGUGGUAUUAUUAUAAAAAAAAUCAGUUCAUAUGUAUAGCCUUUUACACGAAAAUUUCGUAUUAUCGCUGAUUUCGUCUGACAUUAAAUUGCGUAUGAAACCAUUUUAGUGUUUACACUCAGUUUGUAUCAGGCUUAAGCAAAGUGACGCAGGUUUUGCAGUCAAUAUUUUCUGCUUUGUAAUCCUAUAAACAUUUUUGUACGACGUACAUGCCGACAUAGCCCGCGCAUUCUUUAGAGCCAUGAAAGCGGCUUGGAAGACCGAAUCGUUUAGUUUGAAGGCGAAAUCUCAAAAAUAAGCAAAAGCAUAUUCCCUUAUUAGGCAGGAAAAGAUCGGCAAUUUAAAUAUGUACGUAGCUGGCAAAUAAAUCAUCAUGAUCUAAUGAAGUGCAUUUAGUUAUGAAGUUUAUUAGAUUAUAUAGUUGGAUAAGUGAUGGUAGACAGUGAUCAACUUAAUGAAAUUAGAAGGUAGAAUAAAAUUUGGUGGACGAAUGAAAUUCAACAUUUCGUUUGUCCACCAAAUAAUUAAACCGGAUUACCCUUACAGCCAUCGUCUACGAACGUGUUCUGAGAUAGUUCGCCGAUAGGUGCGGCCGAAUACAAGAAAACAAUCGAAGUCAGAUUACAUACGGUGUGCGGAACUAAUUAUCUGUAACCGAAAAUUCAUGGAAAAACUAUUUGUAUGACACAAUAGCGUAAUAGCGUGUGUAUAUAUCGAUAACAUUUUUAUCAUGGGAGGUAAUUGUUAUUGACGCUAGCCAGUAUCGUUGCAAAUUCUAACAACAUAUACCUAAUAAUUAUAAUAACAUCGCACUAAAAACACUAAGCUGUACAGAUCGUUAAAAAAACAUGCGGGAGAAAAGAAUGCAUUCGUUAUAUAGAAGAUAUACAAAAGAAGCAUGAACUUUUUAUAGACCCCUUUUUUUAGCAACCGGUGGUGAUUUACCGAUUACUUUUGCUUACAUAACAAUUCGAAAAACGUAUUGUUAUAUUACUAACGUGGUAAUAUGUCAGAUCCUGGUAAGCUACAAUAAACUACAACUGUUUACAAAAAAAUUGUUUGCAUUUUGCACAGCUUUGUUCACCUACAGGCGAACGUAAGGUUCGUACGAUAAGUAAGACUAAAAAAUUAUUACAAGCGAAUCCGGCGAAGUUUGAGAAUAAAAUCAUUUUGGAAGUACGCAGUAAUUUAAUCUCUACCGCCAGUCGGAGAGGGAUCAGGCGAGAGAGUGGUAUCGCCCAGAACACAAGAAAUCCUCCUAAUUUAGGUCUGUGUCAUUACGGGGUUUUUGUACCCUAAAGAAGACACUUGGUGGGCAAGCACAUCCCACUAUCAAUUUAUGGAUAAAAAAAUUACAUAUGGAAAUGCAAAAAAUUAAGGAGAGUACCUAUAAAACUUUAUUAUCAUUAUAUCCCAUUAUCAUUAAUAGUUGUCAUUAUAGCCCAGCUAGUUGAAGGGUUGUUCAGUUUCUAAAUCCGCCGGAUUCGCUUGUAACGGUCUAACAAUACUUCGCGUUUCCGAAUACUUAAGGCAGAGUAGCCUUUUCCGAUAUUACUAACCCGUUAACCUUCUGUUGUUAUUUUAUCAGCCUCUUAUAAUGUUUGCUAAGGGGCACGGUCAAGUUUAGAUUUAUCUUUCAUAUGAUAUGUCUCAAAAAUCGCCAAAGAAAAAGCAAUUUGCCAAAAUAACGGACUUUUUGGAUAGAAGAACGGACCUUUACCGGAAAAGAAUAUCGACUGCACUUUACCUAUAGUUCUUUUAACGACGACGAAAUUCUAUCGACUCACUAAGAAUGAGCCCAAUCCAGUCAACUCAAAAGGCCACUCAACAAACAGGCACAGAGUUUUAGUAGUAUGUAGAUAGACAGAUUAACGGACGCAUGGGCUUUUACCUGCGCUUGCUGUGUUGCCUACUUAACUAAUGUGAUUCAUUGAUAUUGCACUCAGCAUCACGCAAUCCACUAGCUAACCCAGCGGUUAUCCGGUGUCAUCAGCCUGUCUCACUUCACACGUUACGUUUUUUCAGUUUGUUCCGUUUGUUCCAAUAUUGUCACCAGGGGGCUCAACCAAUUCUCAGUUUGCCUUCCUUGUAAUAUAUAGGCAUUUAGUACAUUUCUCCAACCACAUUUUUAGUGUUAGCUAAUCGCCUGUGUACCCAAAACACACGUUGGCCGGUUUCUGAAAGACGUACGUUAAUCAAAAGGCCGACGUCUAGUAGAGGCUACAAUUAAUGGAGUCGACUAA